AUGAGCUCAACACGCCCAUCACCCAACACAGCGACCAUCUCGCUCCCCGCUUCAGGUUGCAACGUGAACCAGGCGGAGCUGCCUGACAACGCUCUGAUUCUGCCACCAACGCAUCAGCUGCAGGCGCUGUUGACGAUCAUCAGGGAUGAGAAGACACAGCGUGGUGAUUUCGUCUUCACGUCUGACCGCAUCAUCCGACUUCUGGUGGAAGAAGGACUGAAUCAUUUACCUGUUGUGCCCAAGACAGUACGGACACCGGUCGGGAUGGACUUUGACGGUGUUUCGUUCCAAGGGAGAAUAUGCGGAGUAUCGAUCAUGCGAGCUGGAGAGGCUAUGGAGGCUGGUCUGCGAGAUUGCUGUCGGUCUGUGCGGAUAGGGAAGAUCCUGAUUCAACGUGACGAAGAAACCGCAUUGCCAAAGCUCUUCUACGCCAAGCUCCCGGAAGACAUCGCCGAACGUUAUGUGCUCCUUCUUGACCCUAUGCUUGCCACCGGCGGAUCAUGUAUCAAAGCCAUCGAGGUCCUCAUGUCUCACGGUGUACGGGAAGACCGGAUCUUGUUUCUCAACUUGAUCGCUUCUCCCGAGGGUAUCAACAACGUCUGCAACCUCUUCCCCAAGCUUCGGAUGAUCACUGCUUGGGUCGACGAAGGUUUGGAUGGCCAUCGAUAUAUCGUUCCUGGUCUGGGAGACUUUGGGGACAGGUACUUCCUUUAG